CCAUCCACGCACUUGCACACGUCCAACUCAGCACGUCGGAAAUCAACAUGGCAGACGAAACCUCUUCAGUACCGGUAAUCGCUGUGACAGCGGCCGUAGGCGCCGUCGUUCUCUUGUUUAUUCUCUUAUGCGGCAUCGGAAGAAAGGAACAGAAGGAAGAAGAACAAGAACAAUCAGAAGAACCCAAGAGGACUGAAAAGACCAAUGAAAAAAGUUCAAAGAAGACAAAAGUCAUUUUGAAAGGAAAGAAGGCAGCCCACCCAGCCUUCACUCAUCAGUGGCUGGCAGGCACGCUGAAGGGACAUGGGAGCCCAAUACUUGCCUUCGAUUUCAGCCCUAAUGGAAAAUAUGUCUUGACAUGUGCCGAAGAUAGAUCUCUCAUGCUAUGGAGCGUGAAGGAAUUUCUACAGAAAGAACAUAAAUUCAUCAGAGGAAGUGUAGAACUCGAUCAUGCCACCAAACUUGCCUUCAGCCCAGACUCGAGGGCAAUUGUCGCGAGUCUGGGCAACGCUAACAUCAUCCGAAUAUUUCGACUGGGGAAGAAGGAGGAUGGCUCUAGCGUCACCAUACAAGGUGCCAUGGACUUCCCCCAGCACCACAGUGUUGAGAUCCUCUGUAUCGGCAUCGCUUCUAAUGGCAAGUUCAUCAUGACUUGUCACAGGGACACGACUAUAAUUAUAUACAACCUAAAAGGAGAAGUGUUAUCUAGAAUAGACACACACCAGAUGUCCAAUUCAUUUGGUGCUGUAUCUCCUUGUGGGAGGUUUGUUGGAUCAUCAGGCUUCACCCCUGAUGUCAAAGUAUGGGAGGUGCUCUUUGACAAAUCUGGAACAUUUAAAGAAGUCAAGAGAGCUUACGAGUUGAAAGGUCAUGGCGCAGGUGUCCAUAGCUUUUCAUUCUCAAAUGAUUCUAGUCGGAUGGCUUCAGUGUCUAAAGAUGGUACUUGGAAGUUUUGGGAUACUGAUGUGCGAUACGAGUUUGACCAGGAUCCCAAGCUGUUAUACACUGGCAAGCUCAGUCAUCCCAGCCUCCAUUUGAUAACACUGUCGCCAGAUGGUCGGUCUGUUGCCAUUGCUGGUGAUCUGUCAAUCUCUAUAUGCAGCACAGUCUCAGGAAAAGAAGAAGAAUAUUUUGAAAAUGUCCAUGCAGACGCAAUAUCCCAGAUAGGGUUUGAUGUGGGCAGCAAGUUCUUGCUCUCCGCCGGAGACAAACAUGUGCAGGUGAUCCACAACGUGACGGGGUACCGGGCCACUAUCGCUGACCUGGAGCAGAAGGAGAAGAAGGCCAACACAGAAGCCAUGCGGGAAAGAAUCAGAAACCAGAUAAAAGAUGCAAGAUCCUCUCUCUCAGUGAUUUUGGGAACAACCAAUGGGCAUGCAGACAGCAAGUAAAGAAACAGCCAAUCAGCAUCCUCGUUGUUGUUGCUCAAGGAAUCAGCAAUGAAAGGCAGCAUCUCACUGCAAAAUAUUUCAUAAUCAUUUCCCCUAAUUUUGACAUGUGUAAUCUUACGCUGAACAUGCACUUGCUUUUCAUCCUACUUUGAAACUUAGGAGGAAGAAAUUAUGACUGAAACUUCUCAUAAUAUUAAUGCUUGGGUAAAUGUCUACAAAGUGCUCAACCUUCUUAAAGUAUACUUGGUCAAAUUUUCUGUCUUGCAAGUUUUAAUACACAAAUGUAUCAUUUGUUUUGUCUUAGAAAAUGAAAAUUGAUUAUUAUUAUUAAAUAGAAGAAAUUAUCCAAAUCUUUGGAUUAAUGGACAGUAUUGGCUAUACCCAGUAUCACCUUGGCAGAAGAAUCUGUUGGUGGAGGUUAUCGAUGAGAGGAUUCCAGUAGUGUCAAGUAAACGAUAAAUAUGUUUCCUCAUGCUUCGAGCAACAUUAAGUCUUUGAAAUGGAAACAUUAAACAUAAAUUGUGUUACAUUGUGUUUUAAUAUAUAACUGAAAAGAGCACUGAGAAUUAUGUUAACUGAAAAUAAUCUAGACUUGCCAAACCAUAAUAGACUAGCAUGGGAAUCUUUGAUAUUUUUAUUUCAGGGUCUGUAUGACAGACUAGUUCAUGCUCUGAACGGGUUGUUUCCAAGUAGAUACACAUGCCAUUUGUUACACAAGUAUUAAUGCAGCCUUGCACAUGAAGGAAUGUCGGGUAGCCAAGUGGAUAAGGUGCUGGCUCAUCACACUUAAAACCCAGGUUUGGUUCCCCAGCUGGAUACAAUGUAUGCAGUCCAUCCGAUGUCCCUUGCAAUCUGAUAUGGCUUGAUUAUUGGUAGAAGUGGCAUAAAAGCCGUAUUCCCUUACUCAUACUGUACAUAGAUGUGCCUGAUCUGUCAAGCUUUUUUCUGUUCUGGUGUUUCUGUGAGUUAAAAUCAAUUUCCAUUCUUUUUCAUUAUGGUUGGUUGGUUUGUUGUUUAACGCCGCACUCAGCAAUAUUGCAGCUAUGUGACGGCGGUCUGUAAAUAAUCGAGUCUGGACCAGACAAUCCAGUGAUUGAUAGCAUGAGUAUCGAUCCACG